UGCUUAGUGAUUUUCUGAAAUUUGAAUUUAGUUCCUUGUUUCUGGAUUGUUACACUUACAAUGAAUGUCUAAAACUUCCUUUUUUGAUACAUGCUAUUAAGAAAACAGAAGUUUGUUUUAUAGUUUUUGUUUUUUACAAUGGCAGACUUUAUUCACACAUUUACAUUCUGUCACUGACUGCAAGCAUGUGUUAUGGUAAUAGGUUGCAUGGUUAAAUGCGUGAUGCUUGAGUUACAUGGGUGAACUUCCAAGCCGUAUUAUUUUUGACCACUGCACCAGAACUGCAACAUCCAUACUGCCACACCCCCCACCCACCACACACAAAGGAAGUUGUAAUACUGGGUAUUUAAUAUUUCUAAUGACAUCUGAGGAUUUUUCAGACCCAGAGGAAAAGAGAAGAAGAAACAACUUCUCUAUUAUCUACAGUUGUGUUUGAGCUCUAACAAAGGCGUUAAGCAUGCCACCCACUUUCUGGACGAUUGCAGUCCCAUCAUUCCUUUUAAUGGUCAGAUCUGCAGUUUUGAUGGAUGUAGACAAAAAAGUCCAGCUCUGUUCCUUUAGGAGGGAGAAUUCAAAGGACCUUACCAACAGCAAACUGAACAGGAUCCCAUCAAACUUGCCAGAUGACACUGAAUACUUAGAUGUCUCUGAGAACAAUAUUUCCAGUAUUGUCCGUGAAGACCUGUACAGACUCCCUCGCUUGUGUUUUCUCAAGAUCACCCACUGUGGCCUUCGAUUCAUCUCCCCUGAUGCCUUCUUCAGUAACUCAGAACUCAAGGUUCUUAACAUCUCCUACAACCCACUGACCGUUAUUCCAUAUAUGCCUCUGCCACAACUUAGGAUCUUAGACCUUUCCGCCAAUGCUUACGAGAACUAUAGACUUCCAGCCUUUUUCAGUAACUUGACAUAUCUUACUACCUUCGCAAUAGGUAGUACAAAAGUAACCUCAGUUGAAAUCGGAGAUUUGGCACCACUUCGAAAUACAAGUUUAAAACGAUUCACAUUUGGAAGUGGCACUAAGAUACAAAAAUACGAAGCUGGUUCUUUUUCUCAAAUAAGAUCAUUGGAGGAAGUGUCUCUGAGAGUGACCUUUUGUGACAAGUUUGAUAUUUUCAAAACCAUGUUAAUGGACCUUGACCAAACACAUACAAGGAAAAUCAGGCUAAUCAAGCUCUUUCCAGAUCAAUGUACAAUUACAAGUGAUCCUUUUGAAAGUCUUGAGAAACUCCAUGUACUGUCCAACUUAACCAUUGUGGACACUUUGAUAAACAGCUCUGUCAUGGUGAAACUCCUCCAAAAUAUCUGGAAAUCAUCUUUUGAGGAGCUUGAAUUUUUAAACAUUACUUAUAAUGAAGACACACCAUAUGGGUUUCAAUUCCCCAGUCAGAACCAUACACUCAGUUUACGAGCAAUUGUAUUCAACGGUGUUAACCACUAUCAAUAUCGGUAUCCUACAGUCAACAUGAGCAUGGACUUGAUUUCUCAGCUGACUUACCUGAAGUUCUCUGGUACUGGAAUGAAUAUUCUUCCAUGCAAUCUCAUUUCAGUUAUACCAUCCCUGCAAAUUUUGGACUUAUCAAACAACCUUUUGGAUGAUACAGGAUUCUGGUGGUAUUUGUGCUCAUAUGAGAGUGUGUUUCCAGCUUUGAGACAGCUUUCGUUAAGCAACAAUCGUUUUUCGGACCUGGCGUAUAUUUCGAAGAGGACUCAUGAAAUGAAGGCUUUAAUGUCCCUCGACUUAAGUUUCAACUCCAUUCAAAUCCGUGCACCAUGCUCCUGGCCCUCGCACCUCACUGAACUGAAUCUCAGCCAUAACAACUUGGGCAACACUGUGUUUCAAUACCUGUCCCCUCAUUUCCAAAAGAUUGACCUCUCCAAAACAGGCAUAAGCUUCAUCUCCCAAGAUGUCCUCUCACAGUUCCCCAGUCUCACACAUCUCAUCCUGAGCUUUAACAACAUACAGCUCAUCCCCUCAGAUCUCCAUGCACCCGCACUGCGAACCCUGUACAUUGAUCAGAAUGCCAUCACGUCUAUUGACCAGACAGUGCUAGAAGGUCUCUCCAGCCUGCAGAUUUUAAAAGCCAGUAACAAUCCAUUUGUCUGUGAUUGUGACAAUUUUUGGUUUUUGACCAUGUUGAAUAAGACUCUUCUUCCUGACUGGCCAUUAGACUACACAUGCAGUUCUCCACCAUCACUAGCAGGAAAGUAUUUAGACACUUACAAACCAGUAAAACUUUCCUGUCUACCAGGACUCCAGGCAGCAGUGGCUCUACCUGUAAUUAUUGCUAUUACAGCUGCUUUGGGCAUCAUUUUCUAUGUGUGUGACGGUGUCUGGUACACCAAAAUGCUCUGGGUAUGGAUAAGAGUGAAGCAACAGAGCACCAAACAGACUGAUAAAUCAACAAACAGCACCUUUCAUUACAACGCAUUCAUUUCCUACAGCCAGCAUGAUUGCACCUGGGUGGACUCUGAACUAGUCCCGACUUUGGAGAGCGCAGGCUUGAACAUCUGCAUUCACGAGCGAGACUUUGUACCCGGCCGAUGGAUUGUGGACAAUAUCAUUAGCUGUGUGGAAAGCAGCUACAAAACAAUCUUUAUCCUGUCAAAGCACUUUGUUCAGAGCGAAUGGUGCAACUAUGAGCUCUUUUUCGCUCAGCACAGAGCAAUUAGUUUGAAUGAUGACUCGCUGGUCUUCAUCCUGUUGGAGCCCAUCCCGUCCGACUCUCUGCCGAAGAAGUUUCUGAGGCUAAGAACCUUACUAAAACAAAAAACCUACCUGGAGUGGCCAAAAGAUGAAACCAAGAAAAAAGUAUUUUGGUCUAGUCUCAGGUCCAUCCUACAGACUGCAGAUAAAAGUAUGGUGCUGAAAGAGAUUGCUUUUGACAUAGCUGAAAAUGCACUUUUACUGAAUGCACAAACGUAAAUUUUCCUACAAGAAUUUGCCUCCGAUAUGCAAAUAAUGGCUUAUUUACUGUGUAAAUUGGACAUACAAGUAAAUCUUUGCUGUUACUCUGUCUCCACCUACUGUUAAAAUAGCAUUGGGUUUGAAUUUCAGUGUAUCCAUGUUAUUUAUUUUAAACUAAUUUAGUGUUUAGUAAUAUUUACACACAUCCUUACAGAUGGAGAUUGAAAACUUACAUUUUUGGUAGUUUUGAGUUAUUGUUUCCCCCAUGUGGGCUUCCAUUUUAGACACAUUUACAUUUAUAUUUACACUAUUUGGCAGAUGACCACAUACAUUGAGACUUACAGAAGUGCUUUUGAAGUCUUUAUCAAUGAAUACAUCAAUACUGGUUCACUUGGUCAAGAAAGAAUAUUAUCAGUCUAAAACUCUACAUACGUCAGGGAUAAUCUGAUCAAUACACCAGCAGUAUAUGAAUGGUCCAGUGACAGUACCACACAUGACACAAUUUUUAAUAAAACAAAUGCUUUGCUUUUCAAAACAUAUUGAGUGGCAGGCGAUGUCUGACAUAACAAUCACAAACAUGUUUUUGUAGCCUAUAACUAGCCAUAUGAGGAUAAUUGACUUCAAAAUGGUUCGUGACUAUUAUUGUGAUGUGGUAUUGGAGCAUCUGUUCCCCCUCAAACAUUUUAAAAUUCUCAUCUAGUAACCAGAAUUAAGGGAUUGCCUCUAUGAGAGGGAGACUUCAAAUUUGUCCGAAACUAGGACACUUACUGCCUUACUUACUGCCUUCCAAAUGGGGCAGAAUGUAUUUUUGUCCAAAAAUACUGAUAUGCAAAUGAUUUAUUUGCAUAUUUCCUGAAAUACUGUAAUAUUCUCUGUGUAAUUAUUCCAAACAAAACACAAAUUCAGUUUUACUCUGGGCAAAAGCAGUGUUAAGGCACCAAUAGUGCAAUAGAUUUAACACAUUGCAAGUACACAACUUACACACAACACCAGCACUCACUUUACAUAUACACCGAUCAGGUAUAACAUUAUGAGCAGUGACAGGUGAAGUGAAUAACACUGAUUAUCUCCUCAUCAUGGCACCUGCUAGUGGGUGGGAUAUAUUAGGCAGCAAAUGAACAUUUUGUCCUCAAAGUUGAUGUGUUAGAAGCAGGAAAAAUGGACAAGCGUAAGGAUUUGAGCGAGUUUGACAAGGACCAAAUUGUAAUGUCUAGACCACUGAAUCAGAACAUCUCCAAAACUGCAGUUCUUGUGGGGGUGUUCCCGGUUUGCAGUGGUCAGUAUCUAUAAAAAGUGGUCCAAGGAAGGAACAGUGGUGAACUGGCGACAGGGUCAUGGGUAGCCAAGGCUCAAUGCAAAGGCUAGCCUAUGUGAUCCGAACCACCAGACGAGCUACUGUUGAUCAAAUUGCUGAAGAAGUUAAUGCUGGUUCUGAUAGAAAGGUGUCAGGAUACACGGUGCAUGACGGGUCAGGGCUGUUUUGGCAGCAAAAGGGGGACCAACACAAUAUUAGGCAGGUCGUCAUAAUGUUAUGCCUGU